AUGCUCACACGAUCAGCCAGCAAUCCAUGCAACGAAAAAGAGCACGACAAUCUUUUAGCAUCAAAACCUGGCUAUCAAAUCUUCCAGCUCGAACAAAAAGAAUUCGUGAUCAAUACCGAUAAUAAUGGAUUGAUGAAAGGAAUGGAAGUUGAUCAUUCUACAACAAUUACCAACAUGAUUAGCAAUGAUAUUAAUCAUCAUCAUCUGGAGAAUGUAAAAGUUUUAAAAGAAUAUUCAAGACCAAUAACAACAAAUGGAGAAUCAAGCCUUGUAGUGAUGAUAAAAACUCCACAAUAUUGGGUUUUUGAAAUUGAUGAACGUGUAACGCAGAUUUCGUGUGGUGAUUCUAUUGUGUUGGUUGGUAAAUCGAGAAGGACGUUAUAUGUAUGGAAGUAUAUAUCAGAUGGAUGUGUAUUGUACAAAUUGGUGUUUGAUGAGGAGGUGGAUAUGGUUGGAUUUAGAAGGUUUUUAUUAGUCAGGACUAGUAGUGGAGCUGUUUACAUGUCAGACUCGACGAGUGAAAUUCCAAAUGAUUUGAAAAAGAUUACAACCUUACCAUUCGAUACUAAAGAAGAGAAAAUUGUGGAUGUUUCCUGUGGAUCAACUCAUAAUUUAAUGCUGACUGACAAGGGGAAGGUGUAUGGAUAUGGACAGAAUUAUGGUCAACUGGGAGUGAAUACUAAUAAUUAUUCGGAUUCAUGGGUUGUCUCCAAUAUCGAUCACAUUCCAAACAAGAUUAAGAGAGUUUAUUGUACAUAUAAUACUAGCUUUAUAUUGACUGAGAAUGGCCAUCUUUAUGGAGUUGGAGAUAGAUCUUAUGGUGCGAAUGGUUUGAUUGAGGCCAGCGAUUCUUUCCAUUGGACUCGCGUUCCAAAUCUAGAUCAUGAAAUUGUGACAGAUGUUAGACCAGGAUUGUUUUUUGUAGCAGUUUUAACACAAUCACAAAAAAUUUACGUUUUUGGCUAUUUCAAUUUUAAACAAUUUGGAAUAUCACCUAAUUUUACAUAUGAUGUGAAUAGAGGCCCCAAAAUACUAGACUCAUUUAAUUUGAAUAAUAUCCAGGAUAUUGUCUGUGGAGGAUACAAUUCUCUAAUUUUAACUAGAGACAAUUCAGUAUUUAUUGGAGGAGAUAAUAAUUUGCUGAGCUCAGAUGGUAGAUAUACUGAAUUCAAGUGGAGACAGCUCUUUCCUAAUAUUGAUGCAUCCACCUCAGUUUUGAAAGUUGGAUUAACAAGCGAUACAUUGAUUAUUGCAAUUCAUCAACAUAAUAUUUCUAAAUAUUUCAAUUUUAGGAAUGCUUGGAAGAUUGCAGAUGUCUUCUUUCAUUUUUCUGAUUAA